AUGAGUGCCGAUGCAAGGCCAGGCCCUGGCGGGCAUCACGCAACUGGUUCUCCAGCUCGCGCACCACCAGGCGCAUGUAGCCAAAGCUUGCCCGGGACAGCACCUUCACCCAGGCCUCCUGGGCUGCCGGUCCAUCAGCAGCAAGCAGCUUCCAAAGCCCAACGUAUAAAGCUGGGAAAAGCAGAUCUGGUCGGCUCCUGGGACGCUGGGUGCAGAGCAAUGCUGUGGAAGACAGUGCCGUUGCUAGCCCUGGUGGGCCAGGUGCUGGUGCUGGAGAAUGGGCUCCUGCGGAGGCCGCCCAUGGGCUGGCUGGCCUGGGAACGCUUUCGCUGCAACAUUGACUGUGAAGAGGACCCAGAGAACUGCAUCAGUGAGCGGCUCUUCAUGGAGAUGGCUGACCGGCUGGCACAGGACGGAUGGCGGGACCUGGGCUACACAUACCUUAACAUCGAUGACUGCUGGAUUGGUGGGCGCGAUGCCAAAGGCCGCCUGAUGCCUAGUCCCAAGCGCUUCCCCAACGGCAUUGCCUUCCUGGCUGACUAUGCUCACUCCCUGGGCCUACAGCUGGGCAUCUAUGAGGACCUGGGCAAUUUCACCUGCAUGGGUUUCCCCGGCACCACGCUAGACAAGGUGGUCCAGGAUGCUCAAACCUUCGCCGAGUGGAAGGUGGACAUGCUGAAGCUGGAUGGCUGCUACUCGACCCGAGAACGGGCCAAGGGGUACCCCAUGAUGGCUGCUGCCCUGAACGCCACGGGCCGCCCCAUCGCCUUCUCCUGCAGCUGGCCAGCCUACGAAGGGGGCCUCCCCCCCCAGGUGAACUACAGUCAGCUGGCAGAGAUCUGUAACCUCUGGCGCAACUAUGACGACAUCCAGGACUCCUGGAGCAGUGUGCUCUCCAUCCUGGACUGGUUUGUGGACCAUCAGGACAUUCUGCAACCAGUGGCCGGCCCUGGACACUGGAACGACCCAGACAUGCUGCUCAUUGGGAACUUUGGCCUCAGUUUCGAGCAAGCUCGGGCCCAGAUGGCCCUGUGGACAGUGCUGGCGGCCCCCCUCUUCAUAUCCACGGACCUGCGUACCAUCUCUGCCCAGAACAUGGACAUUCUGCAGAAUCCACUCAUGAUCAAAAUCAACCAGGAUCCCUUAGGUAUCCAGGGACGCAGGAUUCUCAAGGAGAAGUCCCUCAUCGAAGUGUUCCUGCGGCCCCUGGACAAUAAUGCCUACGCCUUGGUCUUCUUCAGCCGCAGGACAGAUAUGCCAUAUCGCUUCCACUGCUCCCUCUCCCAGCUCAACUUCACCAGCUCCAUCUUGUAUGAGGCCCAGGAUGUCUACACGGGUGGCGUCAUCAGUGGCCUCCGGACUGAAACCAUCUUCACAGUAAUCAUCAACCCUACAGGGGUGGUGAUGUGGUACCUGUACCCUGUCAGGCAGCUGGGAACACCUCAGCAGUGAGGAGCUAAGACAUGUGACAGGUUGUAGCAGCACCGCUGAACCCAGACCAUGGAGCCUCGACAUGCCGAGGGCCAGGAGGCGAGGUUCUCUGCUACCCAGGCCCGCUUGGCGACUGAUCCCAUCGGACCCAAAGUGCAAUCAAAGGGCCAGGUUCCAUGUGCUGCCCAAGUGUGAACCCUCUUGGAAACUUGUCUGGGCACUUUCCUGUGGCCUCCUGGCCUCUAACCUUGUCUGCACAGCCCCACAGAUGUUGCUGAACAACUCGGCAGCCUAAGCCCCCAUAGGCAGGGGCACUGAUACCUAUCAGGACUCCAGCCUCUGGCCUUUUGUUGACUCUGAAAUCAAGAUUUGGAAUUUUUUUAUAAUUAGGAGUGGGGAUCUGACCUCUUGUCAGGAACUUCCAUGAAUCACAAUUGGCUUUCCUGCCCGGAGGAGGCCUGGCAGGCUGAUACUCCACGGUUCCCUCAGGUCACCAAUAAAGCUGUUCUUUAGUCAAA